AUGGAUGCUGAUUCAACCUCCAGUCUGGUCGAGUACCAGGGGUUUGAUCAUCAGGUUCAGGAGCAAAUCAGAGAUUUGGCUCGAACUCUCUCACGCAACAGUCUGAAAGAACAAGCAUCUCAACAAGAAUCGACUGGAAACGUACUUGCUUCUGAUGAUGAUGGUGCGAAAUCGAUUUUCAGUACUAGGUACGAGGGUGUGAAUCCUGUUUUCACUGAUUCAGAUGCUUCAGGAUAUGAUGUCAGAUUGGACCCAAAUUCAGAUGAAUUUUCGUCUGCUGCGUGGAUCAAGAAUAUGGUCGCCUUGGCUAAUAAUGAUCCAGAAUAUUACAAGCAUUACACGAUAGGGUGUUGUUGGAAGGACUUGAGAGCUUUCGGUGACUCUACAGACGUUGCUUACCAAAGCACAGUGUUGAACUUGCCAGGUAAGAUAUUUUCCAGCGUAAAGAGACAUUUCGUGAAAAGUAAACCAGAAGACGUUUUCGAUAUAUUGAAACCUAUGGAUGGGUUGUUAAAACCAGGUGAUUUGUUAGUUGUUCUAGGUCGUCCAGGUUCUGGUUGUACAACCUUGUUGAAAACUAUCUCGUCUAACAUUGAUGGUUAUAACGUCGAUGAGAAUUCCGUUAUCUCUUAUAAUGGGUUGGAUCCAAGAACUAUCAAAAAGCAUUUUCGUGGUGAAGUGGUUUACAACGCAGAAAGUGAUGUGCAUUUCCCUCAUUUGUCAGUAUAUGAAACUUUGUACAAUAUUGCGCUCUUAGUUACUCCUUCUAACCGUAUCAAAGGUGCCACUAGGGAAGAAUUUGCCAAUCACGUGACACAGGUUGCAAUGGCUACUUACGGUCUAUCACACACAAGGGAUACAAAAGUUGGUAACGAAUUGGUCAGAGGUGUAUCAGGUGGUGAACGCAAGCGUGUUUCGAUCGCUGAAGUUACCAUUUGUGGUUCCAGGUUCCAAUGUUGGGACAAUGCUACUCGUGGUUUGGAUUCUGCCACUGCUUUAGAGUUUAUUCGUGCAUUGAAAACAAGUACAGAUAUCUCAGGUUCGACUGGUGUUAUCGCAAUUUACCAAUGUUCACAGGAUGCUUAUGAUUUAUUUGACAAAGUCUGCGUGUUACAUGAAGGUUACCAAAUUUUUUACGGUAACGCAAAGGCUGCUAAGGCAUACUUCGAAAGAAUGGGAUAUGUCUCUCCUUCAAGGCAAACAACCGCUGACUUCUUGACCGCUGUGACAAAUCCAGCCGAAAGAAUUGUUAACCAAGAAUUCGUCAAAGAAGGCAGAUUUAUCCCAUCUACAGCUAAACAAAUGGAAGAAUAUUGGAGAAACUCGCCAGAAUAUAAGCAACUACGUGGAGAGAUUGAAGAAGAAUUGAAUAAGGAUUCAACUCAAACUCGUCAAGAGCUUAUUGAAGCUCAUAUUGCAAGACAAUCUAAACGUCAAAGAAAGGAAUCUCCAUACAUUGUGAAUUACGGUAUGCAAGUGAAAUAUUUGACAAUGAGAAACUUUUUGCGAAUUAAAAAAAGUUAUGGUAUUACUGUGGGUACUAUCGUUGGUAACACUGCGAUGUCCUUAGUGUUAGGUUCGAUCUUUUAUAAGUCAAUGAAAGAUACAACAACAAACACUUUCUUCUACCGUGGUGCUGCGAUGUUUAUUGCGGUUCUUUUCAAUUCUUUCUCUUCUAUGUUGGAAAUCUUCUCAUUGUAUGAAGCUAGACCAAUUAUUGAAAAACACAAAAGAUAUUCUCUAUACCAUCCUUCUGCUGAUGCCUUAGCUUCGAUGCUUUCUGAAUUGCCAGCCAAAAUUAUAACCGCUAUCUGUUUCAAUUUGAUUUUAUACUUCAUGGUGAACUUCAGAAGGGAAGCUGGUCCAUUUUUCUUCUACUUUUUGAUGAAUUUCCUUGCUACCCUAGUCAUGUCCGCUAUCUUCAGGUGUGUCGGUUCUGCUACAAAAACGUUGUCAGAAGCGAUGGUACCAGCAUCAUGUCUAUUGUUAGCCAUCUCAUUAUAUGUUGGAUUCUCCAUCCCAAAGAAGAAUUUAUUGGGCUGGUCUCGAUGGAUUUGGUACAUCAAUCCUCUAUCCUAUAUCUUUGAAUCCCUAAUGAUCAACGAAUUUAAUGGUAGAGAUUUCCCAUGUGCAGCUUAUAUCCCAUCUGGCAGUGGUUAUGAAAAUAUUGGGUUAUAUGAGAGAGUCUGUAAUACCGUCGCUUCGCAACCUGGUCUUUCUUAUGUUAGUGGUAGAGCUUUCAUUGAAGAAGCCUAUGGUUACAACCCUAGUCACAGAUGGCGUGCAUUGGGUAUUGCUCUUGCUUAUUUCAUCUUCUUCACGGCGUUCUAUUUACUAUUCUGUGAAUUUAACGAAAGUGCUGUUCAAAAAGGUGAAAUAUUACUAUUCCCAAAAUCUGUUUUGAAAAGGGCUAAGAAGCAAAAGUUAAUUAAGGCAAAGCAUGAUGUAGAGGCUGUUCAAGAUUCUGAAGGUGCUCUCACCGACCAAAAACUGUUACAAGACUCCUUAGUUGAAUCAAAUAUUUCUUCAAGUUCUGAUAAAAGCGUCAAUGUUGGUCUCUCUAAAUCUGAAGCAAUCUUCCAUUGGAGGAACGUUUGUUAUGACGUCCAAAUAAAAAAGGAAACACGUCGUAUCCUAUCUAAUGUUGAUGGUUGGGUCAAGCCGGGUACUCUAACUGCCUUGAUGGGUUCAUCGGGUGCUGGUAAAACCACUUUAUUGGAUUGUUUGGCUUCAAGAGUGACAAUGGGUGUUAUUACAGGUGACAUGUUCGUCAAUGGGCACUUGCGUGAUAAUUCUUUCCCAAGGUCCAUCGGUUACUGUCAACAACAAGAUUUGCACUUGUCAACUUCUACUGUUAGAGAAUCUUUGAGAUUUUCAGCAUACUUGCGUCAACCUUCGAGCGUAUCAAUUGAGGAAAAGAACAAUUAUGUCGAAGACGUGAUUAAUAUCUUGGAAAUGCAACAGUAUGCAGAUGCCGUUGUUGGUGUUGCUGGUGAAGGUUUAAAUGUUGAGCAAAGAAAGAGAUUGACUAUCGGUGUAGAAUUGGCAGCCAAACCAAAAUUGUUGUUAUUCUUGGAUGAACCAACUUCUGGUUUGGAUUCUCAAACUGCUUGGUCCGUUUGUCAAUUAAUGAGGAAAUUAGCUGAUCACGGUCAAGCCAUUUUGUGUACAAUCCAUCAACCUUCCGCAUUGUUGAUGCAAGAGUUUGAUAUACUUUUAUUCCUACAAAAGGGUGGUAAGACUGUUUACUUUGGUAAUUUAGGUGAAGGUUGUCAAGAAAUGAUUAACUACUUUGAAAAACAUGGUGCGUCAAAAUGUCCUGAGGGUGCUAACCCAGCUGAAUGGAUGUUGGACGUUAUUGGUGCUGCGCCAGGUUCUCAUGCAACUCAGGAUUACCAUGAAGUGUGGAGAAAUUCUGAUGAAUAUCAAGCUGUUCAAAAGGAACUAGAUUGGAUGGAAUCUGAGCUACGUAAGAAACCGUUAGAUACUUCUUCUGAACAAAGCGAAUUUGGUACUUCUCUAUUCUAUCAGUACAAGGUUGUUACAUUACGUCUUUUCGAACAAUAUUAUAGAACUCCAUCGUACAUUUGGUCGAAGCUUUUCUUGACCAUCUUCUCGCAGUUGUUUAUUGGUUUCACAUUUUUCAAGGCUAACUUAUCCAUUCAAGGUUUGCAGAAUCAAUUAUUCGCUAUCUUCACAUUCACAGUUAUCUUUAAUCCAGCUUGUCAACAAUACUUGCCUUUGUUCGUCUCUCAAAGAGACUUGUACGAAGCUAGGGAACGUCCAAGUAGAACAUUUUCUUGGCUGGCAUUUAUCUUCUCUCAAAUCACCGUUGAAAUUCCACUUAACAUAUGUUUUGGUACCAUUGCCUUCUUCGUUUUCUACUAUCCUAUUGGUUUCUACAACAAUGCGUCAUAUGCCGGUCAAUUAAACGAAAGAGGUGUGUUAUUCUGGUUAUUCUCUGUUUCCUUCUACGUAUUUAUCAGUUCAAUGGGUCAAUUGUGUAUUGCAGGUCUUCAGUAUGCUGAGGCUGCAGGUAAUAUGGCAUCAUUAAUGUUCACUAUGUCCUUGAAUUUCUGUGGUGUGUUUGGUGGUUCUGGUGUUUUGCCAGGGUUCUGGAUUUUCAUGUACCGUAUUUCACCGCUAACUUACUUUAUUGAUGGUGUACUCUCAACUGGUCUUGCAAACAACCCUGUAACAUGCGCAAACUAUGAAUACGUCAGCUUUAAUCCAAGGAGUGGAGAAACCUGUGGUGAGUACAUGGCGGACUAUAUUGACAAGAAUGGUGGUUAUCUACUAGAUUCAAAUGCUACGGAAGAUUGUAAUUUCUGUAAGAUUUCUGAAACAAACGCAUUUUUGACAAGUUUCCAAUCUUCGUACCAUAGAAGAUGGAGAAAUUUCGGUAUUUUCAUAGUCUUCAUUGUGUUCAACUGGUGCGGUUGUGUUUUCCUAUACUGGUUGGCUAGAGUUCCAAAGAAGAAGAACAGAGUGGCUGAUGAGAGAGACCCAGAUCAUGGCAAGAAAAUUGAAAAUGUUCAAAAGGAAAAGGUUGAACCUCAAUCCAAUGAACAAGUUUAA